UGAGCUAUAGAGCUAACAGCUAACAGCAGGGAUAGCAAAGUAGCGGUGACGUCACUUCCUGUCGUCGCUUUCAAUGUAAAAGCGUGGGUGCGGCAAAGCGACGAAAAAACAUCGAUAUUUGAGCAGCUUGUGCUUUGCGGAGCAGGAGAGAGUGGCGGUGGAUGAGUCUGCGGCAGACCUUUAUCACCCCCCCACACACGCAAAAAAAACAACCCCAACCAAAUAGGAGCCGAAGAAGGGAGCAUCAAGGCCCGCUGCUUUUGGAGAUGACAUCGGCGCGCCAUGGAGCACGAUAAAUCCUAAAACGGAAGCCAGGACGGUUCGCACAACUAAGCGGCUUCUUAUAACAUCUGCAGCGCAUAAUGUGGACAUCCGCUAUCCUCCCUCCCAGCUUUACUUAAACGCAGAGUGACACUUCUUUUAAAUGCGUCGCGUGUAGACACUGCUUUUGCACGGAUAGACAGGGCCUGCCCGCACAGAUCGAGGUAAUUCCCCCCAUGGCCUCCUGGGAAGAGUGAAGUCAUUGCAAAAAAAAGGGAAAAGCGACCUAAUAAUCUCUAGUCGUUCUCAAGGAAGAAAAAACCCCGCGUCCAAGACGUCUCUUUUACAUGCUCUGACCCCCUCCAACACCCCACCUACCAUUGAGAGACCCCCUCCUCGAACCUCCAGCUGGGCUUUAUCCUGCGUUUCAAAGGAUGCCGGAUCAAAUAUCGGUGUCCGAGUUCCUCUCGGAGACGACCGAGGAUUACAAUUCCCCGACCACCUCCAGCUUCACCACCCGGCUGCAGAGCUGCAGGAACACCGUCAACGUGCUGGAGGAGGCGUUGGACCAGGACCGAACCUCUCUGCAGAAGGUGAAGAAGUCAGUCAAGGCCAUCUACAAUUCAGGACAAGACCAUGUCCAAAAUGAAGAGAACUACGCUCAGGCCCUUGACAAAUUCGGCAGCAACUUCAUUAGCCGGGACAACCCCGACCUGGGGACGGCCUUUGUCAAGUUCUCCUCCCUCACAAAGGAGCUGUCGGCCCUCCUGAAGAACCUGCUUCAGAGCCUGAGCCACAAUGUGAUCUUCACGCUGGACUCACUGCUCAAGGGAGAUUUAAAGGGCGUUAAAGGGGACAUAAAGAAGCCCUUUGACAAAGCCUGGAAAGACUACGAGGCCAAGUUCACUAAGAUCGAGAAGGAGAAGCGGGAGCACGCCAAGCAGCACGGCAUGAUCCGCACUGAGAUCACCGGGGCUGAGAUUGCUGAGGAGAUGGAAAAGGAGCGUCGUCUCUUUCAGCUCCAGAUGUGCGAGUAUCUCAUCAAAGUCAACGAGAUCAAGACCAAGAAAGGGGUGGACCUCCUCCAGAACCUGAUCAAGUAUUACCACGCACAGUGCAAUUUCUUCCAGGAUGGCUUGAAGACAGCAGAUAAGCUGAAGCAGUACAUUGAGAAGCUGGCGGCUGAUCUCUACAAUAUCAAGCAAACUCAGGAUGAGGAGAAGAAGCAGCUGACCGCCCUCCGCGACCUCAUCAAGUCCUCCCUCCAGCUGGACCAGAAGGAGGACUCUCAGAGCAAGCAAGGUGGCUACAGCAUGCACCAGCUGCAAGGGAACAAGGAGUUUGGCAGCGAGAAGAAAGGCUACCUGCUGAAGAAGAGCGACGGCCUGAGGAAGGUGUGGCAGCGGAGGCAGUGCUCAGUGAAGGGGGGCAUCCUCACCAUCUCUCAUGCCACAUCCAACAGGCAGCCGGUGAAGCUCAACCUUCUCACCUGCCAGGUCAAGCCCAGCCCGGAGGACAGGAAGUGCUUUGAUCUCAUUUCUCAUAACCGGACAUAUCAUUUUCAAGCUGAGGAUGAGCAAGAGUUUGUCAUCUGGAUCUCGGUGCUGACCAACAGCAAGGAGGAGGCUUUGAAUAUGGCGUUCCGUGGCGAGCAGACCAGCGGCAGCGAGGACGGCCUGGAGGACCUGACCAAAGCCAUCAUUGAGGAUGUACUCCGCAUGCCGGGCAACGAACUGUGCUGCGACUGCGGCGCUUCAGAUCCAAAGUGGCUGUCCACCAACUUGGGCAUCCUCACUUGCAUCGAGUGCUCCGGCAUCCACCGAGAGAUGGGGGUGCACAUCUCCCGCAUCCAGUCCAUGGAGCUCGACAAACUAGGAACCUCAGAACUCUUGCUGGCCAAGAAUGUUGGGAACAGUAGUUUCAAUGAGAUCAUGGAGGGAAACCUGCCGUCCCCUUCACCAAAGCCCACUCCUUCCAGCGACAUGACGGUGAGGAAGGAGUUCAUCAACGGCAAGUACGUGGACCACAAGUACGCCAGGAAGACAUGCUCAUCCGCCGCCGCCAAAAUGAUCGAGCUGUACGAAGCGGUCCAGUCCAGAGACCUGCUAUCGCUUGUCCAGGUCUACGCCGAGGGGGUGGAACUCAUGGAGCCUCUCCCGGAGGCAGGGCCGGAAGCCGGAGAGACGGCACUGCACUACUCUGUACGAACCGCCGACCAGACCUCGUUGCACCUGGUGGACUUCUUGGUGCAAAACAGCGGUAACCUGGACAAGCAGACCGAGUGGGGCAACACGGCCCUCCAUUAUUGCUGCAUGUACGAGAAGCCCGAGUGCCUCAAGUUGCUCCUCAGGGGCAAGCCGGUGACGGACAUCACCAAUCAGAAUGGAGAGACUGCGCUGGAUGUUGCCAGGCGACUGAGGAAUGCUCCGUGUGAGGAGGCGCUGGUGCAGGCUGCAGAGGGUAAAUUUAACCCUCACAUUCACGUGGAGUACGAGUGGAGCCUCAGACUGGAAGAGAUGGAUGAGAGCGACGACGAUCUGGACGACAAGCCUAGUCCCAUCAAGAAGGACCGCUCCCCGAGGCCUCAGAGCUUCUGCCACUCCUCCAGCCUGUCGCCGCACGACAAGCUCUCGCUGCCGGGCUUCAUUAGCCAGCGGGACAAGCAGCAGCGUCUGUCCUACAGCGCCUUCACCAACCAGAUGUACAGCGCCUCCACCGACCUCACCUCCUCCCCUGUGGCCGACGGGCCGCCGCUGCCGCCCAGGAACCAGGGCAAAGCUCCACACUUGGCAUUCCUCGGCUCUCAUUCGCACUACGCCACACUGGCUGGCACUCGACCAUACAUCACUCCUCCCCCAUCCGGCCCCACCUCUCCACUCACACCGGGAGGCAGCUCCACCCUGUCCAAGAAGAGGCCUCCGCCCCCCCCGCCCGGACACAAACGCACCCUGUCUGACCCGCACAGCCCGCUCUCUCACAGUAAAGGGGGCUUGUCCGGGGGUGAGACGCAAACACACGGAAGUGACUCCACGCCUCCUCCUAUCAACAAGAUGUCUCCCGUUUCCAACAAGUUUGAAGGCAUUCCUCAGCAGCAAAGCUCUACUUCCAGCAACACAAAGUCCACACUUGGUCCAAGGGUUCUUCCCAAACUACCUCAGAAAGUGGCGUUGCGGAAGAUUGACACUAUCCACCACCCAUCCAUGGAUAAACCUAGCCUUCCCCCAGAGGUCUUCCAAAAGUCUCCCACAGCAACAGACCCCCCCCAGAAGGCACCUCCCCCAGACAGGCCCCAGCCCAGCGACCUGCCCCCUAAGCCUCAGCCGUCCGAACUCCCGCCGAAGCCUGGAGAGCUCCCUCCCAAGCCGCAGCUCUCUGACCUCCCGCCUAAACCCCAGCUGGGAGACCUGCCGCCCAAACCGCAGCUCAAAGACCUCCCUCCAAAACCUCACCUGGCCGACAUCCCACCCAAACCGGGUGCGGGCGAAACGCCUGCUAGGGCGUCUCUGGGCGACACAGUGACGAGGCCUCAGUCGCAGCCGCCGCCCCCGCCUCAACCUCAUCCUCAAGACUCGCCGUCACCUAAUCAGCCGGCCAUCACGGCGCCGUCCCCGCAGCAGACCACUGAGGACACCAACGGGACCCCGCCGGGGACCUCAGAGACGCCAGUACCCCUUCCGAGGAAGAUCAACGCGGGGAAGAGCAAAGCGCGGCGCGUGAAGACCAUCUACGACUGCCAGGCUGACAACGACGAUGAACUCACCUUCGUGGAGGGCGAGGUGAUCAUCGUUACAGGGGAAGAGGACCAGGAGUGGUGGAUCGGUCACGUUGAGGGCGAGCCGGACAGAAAGGGAGUCUUCCCUAUGUCUUUUGUGCACAUCCUGAGUGACUGACGGCGCCCCCAUAAAAAGCCUUUGCACUACGCAUCUUGUUCACUCCGUGGAGGAGCUGCUGUAAAUAGCUCUUAAAAGAAACACACUUCCUGUGGCAAAGAGUGAGUUAAAUAAGAAUUAAAAAAGGCUCAUCCAUGCUGUACAAAGAAUGUGCGUAUCCUUACUCCAACAGUAUUAUCUUCACCCUAUAAUUAGUAUUAUAUAGCACGGCCGUGACCCGAGCCACCCCCUCCCCCCAGCACUUAUCUAAAGUCUACGUUAAUGCUGUUACUGUGUAUAUAAAUGUAUGUAAAUAUAUAUAUUUGUGUGUUAAGUGUACAUACAAAAAAAUGUACCAACGCGCUCUCCGGAGUAUUGAACAUCAGGGCAGGAGAGUUUUAUCUGUAUUCAUUUGUCCUGGUGGGAGCGGCAAAUAGGAAUCUUGCAUCCUUGUUCACCUCAUGACUGACUGACGAGCCCCCCCCAAUCCCCACACGCUUCAUUAAAUGUACUUCCUGUUUCUGCUUGCUUUGUGUGUACACGUGUUCUGGUUGUUUUACAGUAUAGAAACCUGCUGCUAGCGUGUGGUGGAAUAUCCAAGCCUGUGGUUCACAAAUUAAACCUUUGACCUUCCCCUCUUCCAUCAUGCACGGCGUGACUGGACUGCCCGGGACGCUCACCUCAGGGUUUGAAGAGCCACUAUAGAAGGCAUCCUGAAGCCACUAUUACUAAGAAUGGAGCAGUAUUUCAACAUUUCAGCAAUAAACUCCACACAUUUCACAACUUGUGUUCACAGUUGAGUGUCUUGUAAGGAAGAAAAAAAAAACACAAGCUUUAAUUUUAGUAUCAUUCCACAUGACUGGACUCAAUACUUGUAGAUUAAGAGACAUGAUGUAACGUCACCUGGUCCUCAAUGUUUAGGAACAAAAUCAACCCGUUGUAUCAUUAAAGUGCUGUACUUCAACUUGCCUCUGCCCUUUU